CGCAGGGAUGUGUCGUAAAAUAUUUAAAUUCGGAAGGUUUCUUAUGGAGGCGUAGUGACAGCAGAUCUUCUGCAGCUUGCUGCGUGGAACUUUUUUUUCCUCAGCGGCCCCUUGAACUUCUGUCUCUAAUUCGAAGAAGUUUGAUGUGAAAUUAAAGCCUGUAUUGCUACAAUGGGAAAGAAGCGAACAAAAGGAAAAAAUAUUCCUGCAGAUGUCUCACCAGAUGUACUGGGACCAACAUGCAAGCACCUUCGCAAAGGAUUGGAACAAAGUCUUCUGAAAAAAGUGUUGCAGACUGUGGACUUGAAUUCCUGCCAGGAUUGCCAGAUAGAUGACAAUAAGACAGAUGAAAAAUCUGAUAGGAGUGCAGAAGACAAACCAUCAAUAUGGUUAUGUUUAAAAUGUGGCCAUAGGGGUUGUGGCAGAAAUUGUCAAGAGCAACAUGCCUUAAAACACUAUGAAACACCAAGAUCAGAACCUCACUGUUUGGUUCUUAAUGUGGAAAACUGGUGUGUCUGGUGCUACUUAUGUGAUGAUGAAAUACAAUAUAAUUCGUCUACUCGACUGGGCCAGCUUGUGGAUUUUAUUAGAAAACAAACUUGUGUGAGCAUUCCAAAUACAGCUUCUAAAAAUGAAGAAAAACCUUUGGAAAACAAAAAACUUAAAGACCACAAAAAUGAGGAAGAGAAGGAGAAGAAGGAAAUCUUGUUCAAAGACAAUAAAAAUCAAUUAAAUGGCAAUUCAGAAAUGACGGUGAAAGGUCUUAGCAACCUAGGAAAUACAUGUUUUUUUAAUGCGGUUUUGCAGAAUCUCUCACAAACAUCAGUUCUGAGAGAGUUGCUGAAAGAAGUAAAAAUGCCUGAUUCAACAAUUACACUUAAACCACCAGAAUUCUCUAUAACGGAACCUUUGGUAGUAAUGCUUGAUCCUCCAAGACCUCUAACCCUAGCAAUGUGCCAGUUUCUGGCAGAAAUGCAAGAGACAAAAAAAGGAUCUGUGACCCCUAGAGAACUUUUCUCUCAGAUUUGUAAAAAAGCAACACGAUUCAAAGGAUAUCAGCAGCAGGACAGCCAAGAGUUGCUUAGAUAUCUGUUGGAUGGGAUGAGAACUGAAGAAAUCCAAAGAACGAGUGCUGCAAUUUUUAAGGCACUGAAUAAUUCUGACAAAGAAAAUGAAGAAUUGAGAAAAGAAGUUAAAGGAUAUGAAAAGAAAAAGCUAAUGCAUAGUUUUGUGGACCGCAUUUUUGGUGGAGAAUUAACAAGUACAAUCAUGUGUGAAGAGUGCCAAACAGUUUCUUUGGUACAUGAACCAUUUCUUGAUUUGUCACUUCCCGUCUUAAAUGAUCAAAAUGGCAAGAAAAAUAAUGUUAAAAAAUUACAGGAAAAAGAAAUUGACAGUUGUGAAGAAAACAUAGAAAAUGAAUGUUACGUUAAAGAAAGAGAUGAAAUUCCUGUUACAAGUAAGCAUCUACAGAAAAAGACGAAGAAAAUGGCCAGAAAGCAAGCAAAGAACCAACGCCAUCAGCAGAAAUUUCAGGAGAAAGUUAUUCAUCUAACAGAUAGUGAUGUUACUGAAAAAACUGAACCUGAUCAUGAUUGCAAUAAACAAACAAUAGAAAGUAACUCUGACAUAAGGUGUCUGAAACCAGAAGAGGAAGAGUCAUUAAACACGUGUGAAGAGCAUUGUGUGGAUAAAAAAUGUGUAGAUGAGCCAGAAAGUACAGUUCAAGUACAGAUCACAGGAAAACAUGAUGAAAAUGCAGACAGUUGUGAUCAAGAGGCAAAUAAUGAAGUCAAUUUGGAUGUUUCUAUAAAAGAGUUUCUUCCCACUACAGAGUGUGUCAAUAAAUUUGAUGAUUUGCAUCUUAAGGAAGAUAAGGUUGAAGAAGAUGAUGAUAUUAUCAGUGACUUCAGCAAGUUAUUCCUGGAGGAGGAAGAGCCGAGUGAUGAUACAGAUAGUUUGGAGGAAUUUUAUGGUUUUGAAUCACAAACAUAUGAAGUAGUAAAUGAAGAUCCAGAAACAGCAUUUUGUAGUCUUGCAGACAGCAAUACUAUAAAGAUAGAAGAAAAUUCAAUUUUUCAUUGCUUGAAUCAGUUUACUCAUAUUGAGAAACUUUGUGAAAACAACAAAUUGCUUUGCGAAGUGUGCACACGGAAUCAACUUUGUGGAAUCAAGACUAAUAAAAUAAAUGCCAAGAAAUAUGUAUACACUAAUGCCAAAAAACAAAUGCUUAUUUCUCUCGCUCCUCCAAUUUUAACCCUUCAUUUAAAAAGAUUUCAACAGGCUGGAUAUAAUCUCCAAAAAGUAAACAAGCACAUAUCGUUUCCUGAAAUUAUGGAUUUGGCUCCUUUCUGCUCAGUGAAGUGCAAGAAUGUAAGAGAGGGGACUUCAGAAGUAUUGUACUCAUUAUAUGGUAUUGUCGAACAUAGUGGGACUAUGAGAUCUGGUCAUUAUACUGCUUAUGUGAAGACAAGUACCACCAGCCAACUUUCUGAUCUUGUCAAUGACAAAAUUCAACCAACUUCAGAAUCUGAGUCACCCAGAAGACAAUGGUUUCAUGUAAGUGACACUCAUGUGCAAGCAGUAUCCAUAUCCAAGGUCCUGAAGUCACAAGCGUAUCUUCUCUUCUAUGAAAGAAUAUUGUAAACUGGAAAAAUUCAACCUAGGAAAGCUUCACCAUUAUUAAUUUUUUAAAAAAUCCUAAAAGAUGCAGUACGCAGAGAUCUAUCAUUACUGCGAGAUAAAUAGGGCUAACGAAUAGUUUGAAAGUUUAUUGUCAAUUUAUUUUCACAAGUUAUGAUAGGUGAGAUGCCCUGCAGAACACAAUUCAGGAGUGUCAAAUUAUAUUUGACUACCCUAUUUAAAAAGCUAAAACACGGUUCACCCCUAUAUAGUAUUUUGCAACACUUUCCCGAGGCAAAGAUGGCCCCAGUCUCCCAGCCUUUCAAAAAUGUCUAUAAAAACCUGGCUCUGCCUUCUCCCUUGGCCCUGACAGAGUAGUAGCUGUGGCUGGUUAAUGCCCUGAAGGUCUUCCCCCCAACCUUUUGAUUCACUUUUCAUGUUAAAUUUUACUAUUUUUCCUCUAUUGAUUUUUAUACUCAGUUGUUUUUUUAACAUAUUAUUUGUACACUACCAAGAGUGCCUCUGUGAGGAAAAUGAACUGUUUGUAAAUUUAAUAAUGAGAAAAUAAACAAAUGUUAUCUCAUAUAUAAAUAUAGUACACAUGCUUCUUGUAAUAUAAUGGGAAUCAUUUCUUCAUAUUGUAGUUGCCAUGAUUUUUUAAAAUUAAAAAUGCAGUUUAAAUCUACUUCCUGAUCUUUUGCAAUACAUAAUGUAAUCAGCCAUUUCCAAAAGUCUUGUGCAUAACAAAAGGUUCAAGAAUUAUUUUGUAUUUAAUAAAAGAUUAAGUAUUAGAACUAUGCAAAACAGUAAAAAUACCACCUUGACUACAAAUAUGUACAAAGCACUUAUUUUCAAAUUGUUAUGGCAACCACAUUUUUACAGCUUUGUGUACUUUAAGAUGUACCUGGAUCACAUGCACAUAUUUUUCGCAAAAGAUCUGUUUCUACAGGUGAAAAAUAGGUUCCUCAUUAUGGUCCUGUGCACUGAAAAACAUCUAUUUUGAACAUUUUGACAGUUCUUCCAUGUUUCCCCGAAAAUAAGACCCUGUCUUAUAUUUUUUUGAACACUGAAAUAAGCGCUUGACCUUACUGCAUGCACUUAAAAGCCCGCUUGGGCUUAUUAUCAGGGGAUGUCUUAUUUGGGUGGAAACAGGGUAUUCUUCAAUGUCU